AUGCGUGCGGUCCCGCUGCAUCUUCUCUGGCUUGCUGCGACUGCCCUUGUCUCGCCGCUCGUAAGCGCCAGCUCCAGCGUCCGGGAACCCCUGGGCGCCCUCUCGACCGUGCAGAAUGCGACAAUUCACACGUACAACCACCGCGUGACGGCUUUGUCAGAGUUUGACCUCACAUUUAAUCUUCGCAACGAUUUGCAAGUCAAGUUGCGCUUGGAGCCCAACCAUGACAUUCUGGGCGCGGAUUCGACCGURACAUUUUUGGCUGAGGAUGGAAGCGUGGCGCGGACGGAAAGCGUGGAUAGACUGCAGCAUAAAGUGUACAGAGGAACGGCAUAUGUGCAGCGAUCGAAGAGAGGGAACGAUGACUGGAGGGAAGUGGGAUGGGCUCGGGUGACGGUCACGCGAGAUGGAAAGAGUCCUGUCUUUGCAGGCGCAUUUGUGGUGAACAGAGACCACCAUCAUAUACAAACGGCGACGAACUACAGACGAACGAAACAUCGACAGGAUCCGGAGAUUGAGGAGAGCUAUGGUGGCGAUGAGUACAUGGUUGUAUGGAGGGAUUCCGACGUGGCCAAGGAUGGAUAUGGUCAUCAAGAUCUGCGUCGAAAUGUUGACGGUGGCGCCGCUACCUGUCUCUCCGAUAGUCUGACCUUCAACUCGGACGCCGAUCAUCCUGUUUAUGCAGGCAUGAGGAAGCGCUCGGAGCAAUCCUAUGGCUUCAUGGACUUUAGCAACCUUUUCAAACGCCAGAUCGAUGGGACUACCACUGGCAACGGCGCAUCCGGAAACCUGCUGGCCAGCAUCGGACAGKUCCAAGGUUGUCCGACCACUCGCAAGGUAGCCCUGAUGGGUAUCGCCACUGACUGUACUUACUUGUCCUCUUUCCAAGGGAACGAGUCGGCUGUAAGGGAGAACAUUCUAGACGUGGUCAACUCAGCAUCGGCAGUCUACGAGCGUACCUUUCAGAUCUCGCUCGCCCUGCAGAAUCUCACCAUAUCGCCUGCGAAUUGCCCUGGUACGCCUGCCGCUGCGACGCAAUGGAAUCAGGCAUGUUCUGACUCGGUUGACAUCUCGGCCCGCCUGAACAUGUUUUCAUCUUGGCGGGGCGCCCAAUCUGAUACGAACGCAUACUGGACGCUCCUCAGCACGUGUACCACUUCUUCCGCGGUUGGUCUCGCAUGGCUUGGCCAAGUCUGUGUGGGUACCUCUUUMACCACUAAUGGAUCCGUCACUGGAGAUGGUGCCUCUUCCGGCACUGGCAGCGAGACAGUCUCGGGCGCGAACGUUGUCAUUAGGACGAAUGGCGCCAACGAGUGGCAAAUCCUGGCUCAUGAGACAGGCCAUACUUUUGGCGCUGUCCACGAUUGCACAACAACCUCAUGUCAAGACACUGCCUUUGUCCAAUCGCAACAGUGCUGUCAAUACAGCGCAACAUCUUGUGACGCCGGUGGUCGAUUUCUCAUGGACCCCACCUCAUCUGAAGGGGUAGAAGACUUCAGUCCAUGCUCCAUCGGAAACAUCUGCAGCGGACUAGCCCGCAAUUCUGUCAACGGUCAGUGUUUAGUAGAUAACCGCGGAGUCACUACCAUCAGCAGACAACAGUGCGGCAACGGUAUUGUAGAGCCCGGUGAGGAUUGCGACUGUGGUGGUGCGGAGGGCUGCUCAGACAACACGUGCUGCGAUGCCACGACAUGCAAGUUCACCCAGGGCUCCGUCUGCGAUGACGCGAACGAAGACUGCUGUAAGAGCUGUCAAUUCGCGUCCAGCGGCACUGUCUGCCGCAGCAGCACCGGUCAGUGCGAUCCUCAGGAGGUUUGCACGGGUACCACGUCCUCAUGCCCAGACGAUCAGACCGAAAAGGAUGGAACGAAAUGUGGAGAUGGUGAUUUGAAAUGUGCUUCAGGGCAAUGUACAAGCCGAGACAACGAGUGCAAGGUCCGCAUGGGAAGCUACACUCAAGGCAACGAUACGUAUGCUUGUGGAAACUCAGGCUGCACCGUUAGCUGUGCCAGUCCAGAGUUUGGUUUCAACACUUGUCUAGGGUUGCAACAGAACUUCCUAGAUGGUAUACCAUGCGGAGGCGGCGGAAGUUGUCAAAACGGUCUAUGUAAAGGCUCGACUUUUGGCGGCGAAGUCAAGUCCUGGAUCGACGAGCACAAAAACAUAGUCAUUGGUGUUGCCUCGGCAGUUGGCRGUCUCCUCCUCAUCGCUGUUUUCAGCUGCAUCGUCAGCUGUUGCAGACGUCGGAAGACGACCCGACGACGAGUCCCCAGUCCACCCAAUGUUCCUCCUCCUGGUGGGUGGCAAGGCUGGAACGAUGGCUCCCGAUCCAACCCACAGAUGUCGCAGCACGCUGCUGUACCACAACAUCCUAGUCAAGGAUGGUUUGAUCAGAACCAAGGGAAUCAGUGGGCGCCGCCACCCGCACCUCCGCCGGUGUAUAAUCAGAGGGGAGGCAGUACGAGAUAUGCUUAA